AUGACUUUAAAUAACAUUGAUAUCAAUGAGAUAGUAAAGACAAAAUCACCUUCUCGUACAAAAUGGUUUGUUCCUGGUUCAAUUGUUUCCAAACGAACUGUUAAUCCAAUUCGUGAAGUGGUUUGUAAUAUGAAAACUGUUCCAAACCCUGAUAAGGAACAAAUUUCAUUGGCUUUAGGUGAUCCCACGGUCUUUGGAAAUUUCAAAAUUCCCGAAAGUUGUUCUGAAGAAGCACGACUUGCUUUGGAUGUGUUCUUGGCUAGUGGAGCAUCUGAUGCUUUAAAUAUUGCUAUUGGUGCUCUUUGCGAUGAAGGUCAGAACAUUCUUCUUCCUAGACCAGGAUUCUCCCUUUAUACAACUCUCGCAAAAUCGAAGGGAAUUGAAUGUCGUUAUUAUGAUUUGUUGGCAAUAUGUAUCUUAAUAAAUAAUCCAUCUAAUCCUUGUGGAUCAAAUUUUUCUUCUCAACAUUUAGAGUCCAUUCUUGCUGUUGCUGAAGCCUAUAAACUUGUAAUUAUUACUGACGAGAUUUAUGAAGAUAUGGUAUUUGGAGACACUAAAUUUUAUCCUUUAGCCUCAUUAACCAAAGUGGUACCAAUUUUAAAAAUUAGCGGAUUAGCUAAACGUUUUUUAGUACCAGGAUGGAGGGUUGGAUGGAUUUUUGUUUAUGAUCAAAAUGAAAUUCUAUCAGAAAUUCGUAAAUCAUUAUUUUCGCUUUCGAAUAUGAUAUUAGGAGCAAAUUCAUUAUUACAAUAUUCGUUACCCGAUAUUAUUUUAAACACUCCCGAAGAAUUUUUUCAAGAAACCAAUAAAAAGUUAGAGUUUAAUGCCAAAUUAUCAGUAGAAGCAUUAUCCUCGAUUCCGGGAUUAAAUGUUAUUAUUCCACAAGGUGCAAUGUAUAUCAUGAUAGGGAUUAAUAUUGAUGAAUUGAAAGAUGUUAAGAAUGAUGUGGAAUUUUCAGAGAAAUUACUUCAGGAAGAAUCUGUUAUGGUUUUGCCUGGAGAGUGUUUUCAUUAUCCUAAUUAUGUGAGAAUCGUUUUUACUGCACCUCCGGAAAAAUUGCAAGAAGCAUAUGGUAGAAUUAAAGAAUUCUUCGUUAGACACCAUGUAUAA